AUGGUUGAUAAUCAGAAGCAAAAUACGAGCGGGUGGCCAAGCGAUUGUUUUGAAAAAGAAAAGUUCAAUAUAAUUGAAUUCUAUCACAAGAUUUUGUGGACCAGUCAGCAAGAACAAGAACGGUAUCAACAGUAUGAUGAUCACAACAAACCCCGAAAAAGAGUUACGUUUUCUGCUGAACCCCCACAAAUAUAUGAAUAUGAACCUGAGCAUACAACAUCCACACUGACCACCAGUUUCCUCUCUGAAUACAUCAAGCGAAAAUUAUAUCCCGUACAAAAUGAGCGAUUCCCAACUAAACGGCCGCAACAAAAGUCGCCUAAACCACCACUGUUAUUGGGGGACUACUUCAUGGACAAAACCACCGUACGAGUUCGCUCCAUCACAAAUUUCAAUCCUGUUCCAAACCAAUUUUAUAGACAACAGCAAGAGCAACAACAGCAAGAAGCGCCAACUUAUUGUAAAUCCAUGCACACAUUUGAUUCAACCUUCAUGCACAUGGAUAUGUCUUUUGAUAUAGAACAUCAAGAAGACAUGUACGCCUUAUCUACCUGUGCUCCUGCUAAUUUAGAGGAUUCCAUUACCACAGUACCAUCUCCUCCUCCAUCUUAUAAUGACAAAGAGUGCAUGAUCAAAAGUAAAAAGAGUUUGACUGGUGGGCUUAAAAAGAGAAUAUCCAUGAACUUUUGGUCAUCUCAUAGUGGCGGAUCCGCAUCUUCCACCACUACAGAUUCCAAUACAGCAGUAGCAGAGAAAAAAGGCAUCAUAAGAACACUACGAAAAAUUAAAUCCUCACCAAAGUUAAUGAUACAAAGGAGAGCCUCUGUAGCAUCCCUGCGCAAAGAGGCGUCGUUUUUAGGUGCAUGA